CAGCCUCGGAUCCUUGGGAAUGUGUGCAAUGGAAGGCUGGCAUUCCCCCACCAUUCUGCUCUGUCUCCUGUUCUGUGAAGUUUCUGUGGCUGUGUAUAAGCAGUGGAUUCCAAACACCAAUUUUGAAGAUGCUGCCAACUGGGACAGAAACCAAACUCCAAGCGAGACCGAUAUUGUCAUGUUUGACAGCAACAAGAUGGUUUCUGUAUUUGUUGGGAGCACUCAUGUCCUUAUGGGCGCACACCUUCCUCUAGAUGGAGAAUUUAUCUUGGCUCCUGGUGCUGGCUUUGCUGCAUUUGAUGGAGUCUCUGAUUCCAGCUCAAAUUCAGAUCACAUCCACUUCCUAAAUGCUGAUCGAUUUAGCUGGUAUAAUCCCUCCUUGUGGCAUACAGACCUAAAAAAUAGUGACCGCCUAUUCUCUAUGGAUACUGAACUUAUCCCCUGUCGCCAAGACGAUGUCAUCUUCCUGCCAGAAACUUCCUUCCGUGUGGACCUGGGGGCUGGCGGCCGGACCAUCAGCCUCCACAGUAUAUCCAUCCUGGACCAGACGUUCAGCACGGACGAGGAGCUGGCCACCUACCUGGCCAGCAGCACUGGGAAGCUACAGUUCCAUGGAGCUGGCUCUCUGAGGUUGGCCUCUGCCCCCUGUGAGGACUCUUCAGGCUGUGAGUGCGGUAACGAUGAGGUGGAGGCCUGGAUCUGUGGCUCUCUGCUCCAGUCAUCUGGAGGUCGCUGCCCCAAGCCUGCCUGCCAAGGAGCCCUGAAGCCCAUGGGUCAGUGCUGUGAGAUCUGUGGAGCCAUGAUCUUCCUCAACUACACACAGGCCUUUGAUCUCCAUCAGUACAAGCAGAGAUUGCUCCAUAACUUUCUGGACCAGCCCCAGGCUUUGGGGGUACGCAUGGCCAUCUCAAAAGUACACAAGACACAUGGGCUUCGAGGGCCGGCGCACACAGCUCGAGAGAAGCAACAGGCUGAGACCACCACCCACAUCCAGGUGGUACUGACAGAUGAUGGAAGCGGGCCUGAGGCAGGAAGGGCAGCUGUGCGUGUGGCCCAGGCCAUCCUCGCUGAUGUGGCCGAGCAAGGGGCAGCUUUUGGGAUCCUGUGGGGGGAUGCUGAGUAUUCGGACAGCAGUAGCUCUACAGCUGGGCUAACAGGAGAGAGCCUGUCCUCAGGGAUGGUGACCAGCCUGGCUAUUGCCAUAAUCCUGGGGCUGAUGGUGGUUCUGCUUGGGGGUCUUCUGCUGCUUCACUGGACUGGAUGGGUCAGGCUGUGGCCCCUGUCAAUCCCCACCCUGUGGCAGAGAUCAGAACCAGCGUUGGACCAAGGGAACCUCGGCUUUGACAACCCCAUUUUUGACAGUCCAGGCCUUGCCUCAGUCCUGGCUCCUGGCCCCGGAGCAGAAGUGGUUGUGGAAGAUGCUGCCCCACCUCCAAGGAGCACCCCCAGCAGUGGCAGCUACUUCAUUAACCCGUUGUUUGAAGCAGACAUCUAAGGCCCUCUUGCCGUCAGCCCUUGCCUUGGCUUGGGGUUCCCAGGAAAGAAACUAGGGAGAGGACCUGUGCCCCAUCCUCCAACCAGGGUGAGGGAGAGGGAAAGGAAAGCCUGCCUCUCCCUGCAGAUGGGCGGUGGGUGCAGCUCUAGCCUUGCCACCACCCAAGGAACGCUAAAGAAACUGGAGCCAGCCUUUUUCAAUAAAAGAUGUUAAAUUGA